GAACUUUUUCUUCCAGAAAAAUAAAAAAUAAUAAUAGUUUCUAUCUUUUAAUUUUGGUCAUAGUAGUCUUAAAAUGCAUUGAAAAAAAUUUAUAAGGAAUUGUCAAGUGUCAACCAAAUUGAAAAAAAAAAAAAAGGAAAGACAGAUCAAGAGAAUCAGAUGCACCUAACUUACUUACAAGUUACACCGCGUCUCCUUCUCUCUCUCUCUCUAAUAAGAAGACUUUUUACUUAAUAGAAAAUUCAGAGAAGACGACUCACACAAGUCAUCAUCAUAAUUCAUACAGUUGUUGUAACACUCACCGUAGGAGAGAGCCACCAUGUGCGACGGAGACUGCCGCCCUCUCGGUUUCCUCUUAGGUCUUCCUUUCGCUUUCCUCUCUCUCCUUCUCUCCAUCGUCGGUGUCGUUAUCUGGAUCGUCGGAUUGUUGUUAUCAUGCAUAUGUCCUUGUUGCUUAUGUGUGACUGUGCUUGUUGAGAUCGCAAUUGGGUUGAUUAAAGCUCCAAUUCAUGUUAUGGAGUGGUUCAUGUCCAAGAUCCCUUGUUGAUUCAGAUUUGUUGGAUCUUGUUAUUAUUAAAAAAGAAACUGAGAUUUGCUGAUUCAGAUUUGUUGUUCAAUUAUAACAUGUAGUGUAGCUAUAUAUAUAUAUAUUCAUGGGAGUUUGCAAUGUU